AGCGGGAAAACCAAAAUCCGGUGAAAAAUUAAACCACACUGCGAAGCCAGAGACAGGAGUGUUGCUUCUGUCGCCGGCAAUGAGGCCCGCUGGUCGCCAUCAACCCAAAGAAUCGCUCAAACCACCCUCAACGCCGGUGGACUUCUAUCACCGCCAAUUCCCCGGUCGUGAUUCCGAUGCUAGUUUCGCCAGCAGCCGGCCAUCUUCCGCUGGCGUUGGCGUCCGCGCCGCCAACGUCGACCUUUACAAAGAACGGUCUUUCCAGCAAUCGGCCGUCUCCACCAUCAACUCCUACCUUGCCUCUCUCUCCUUCCCCAUUUCCUUCAAACCCACUUGCCCGUCCGCCAAAGACAUCACUGAAACCCUCAAAUUCCUCAUGUCCCGUCUCGAUUUUCCCGCUUCGAAGAUGGAGGAUGGCUUACCGGUUCUCCUCAAGUGCCUUAAUUACCCUUUCAAACUUAAUAAAUCAUUUCUUAAGUCUCCUGCUGCUCCUCACCAGUGGCCCGCCUUGUUGGCUCUCAUCCACUGGCUUGUGCAGAUCGCUAGGUUCAAUGAUCACCUCUCGUCGUUGCGCGAGGCGACAUCUUAUGCCGAAGCAAAUGUUUUGAAUAUGUAUGCGCUGAAUAGUUAUUUGCACUACAUUCGGGGGGAUGAUGAUGCUGUGGAUGAACUGGACCGUCAAUGUAAGGAGAAGUUGGAGAAGGAGAAAGGGUAUGCGGUGGAGAAAGUGAAAGCAACGGAAGAAGAGAUGAAGGUACUUGCUGCAGAAUGUGAGGAGCUGAGGACAAGGCCAUCUCAAAAGGAAGUGCUUGAGAAGGAGAAGAGUCUGUUGGAAGAUGAUGUGAACAAGUUCCAUAAGAUGAUUGAGGAAUUCACGGUGAGGAUCAAGGAGGUGGAGAGGGUUUUGUCAGAUAAAGAGAAGCAGUUGGAGGCCAAGGCACAAGAGAACACGAAGAUUUGUGAGGAAAAUGAAGAGUUAAAGAAGAGGGUUGAGCUGCAGACAUUUAAUGCAAGGGAUAUGGAGCGGAUGAGGAAGGAAUUGCAGGCCGUGGAGAGGGACAUUGCAGAGGCAGAGCUUGCUAGGAAUGCGUGGGAAGAAAAGUCGUGGGAUAUUGAGACUUCUCUUGGGCACAAGGUCAAUGACCUGGAGGCAUUAGCAUUGGACUGCAACCAGGCCUUAAGGAGGUUGAAGAUUGAUAAUGGUAUUCAGUAUCAGUUGAAUGCCAAGGGAUCUACACCUGCUGAGAUAAUGGGUAUAAAUCACAAGCUGACACUGAAGCCUGCAUUAAACUCCUUUGCUGAUGACAUAAAGAAAAGUUCUAUGAAAAAGCUAGAGGAGUCAAUGUCCCUUCAACAGAAGUGCAGCGAAAAUGCUGCUAGGAUUGAGAAGAAAAGGAAUAACAAUGAUGAGCUGCUGUCCAAAAUUAAUGAAGUGGAAGCUCAACUGAACAACUUAAAAAAAGAAACAGAGGAUUACAUUUCUCGAUGUGUAGCUGGAGCAAAGAAAAUGGCGGAGAAUGUUGAUCGAGAGGCUCACGACCUGGACAUGGUGGAACGAGAGGCAGCUGAGGUUCUAAAGGCCUCGAAAUUGAAGUUGGAAGAAGCUAUUAAAGAAAAUGAAGAAGAAAUUCAGAGGUGUGCUCAAGAACUUUUUAUGCUGGUUGAUUCAGUCUCGAAGUUCAAAGAAUAUGUAGGAUCCAAAAUUUCAGAGAUGAAGAGUGGUCUUUCAGAUACAGCAGUUGCAGUCUCAGAUGCGUACAGGGGCUCGUUCCCAGCUCAAUUUAGUAAUAUAUUUAACUUAAACCGUGUCAAGUGAAGCAUUGUGUUAAUGCAUAUGCAGCGAGUAUUUCUUUUUGCGAACUAAAAGGGAUUCAUGCAUUCUGCUUUCAACUAGUAGUUGAUGUUCUGUGGCUGUACAUAAUUGAGUCAAGAUUACCGAUCAAAGUAUGUAUUAUAGUUUCUGGAAUGAUUAAAGUCCGCAAUGGCUGUAUUAUUUACAUCCUUUUUUAUGUUCGAAGGUAAUCAUGUUAGCCA